AAUAACCGAAAUGAUCACAGGAAAAUGGUGUUUACCUAUUCUUCUUGUUGUUGAUAUUUUAUACUAGAUCAUUGAAAAUAUUUCAAUUCUAUGAAAAGUGUUAAAAAAAAACUUAUCUUAGUCAUGUAGAAAUACUUCGAUUAUUUUGUUACAAGAUAUCAAAUAAAACAAAAUGACCUAUAAUCUGAGUUCCUCACGCAACGUCUCAUACGCUCAGGUGAAAAAAUUAAUUGACUUUAUGGGUCUACACGUUGAAUUUGCGAUAGGCAAUUUACGCACCUUAGAGGCAAGGCAUACUUCAAAAACAUUAUGGUGUGACUUGACUCGGGUGUUGAAUAACUCAAUCGGGACCAAGAAGACAACAGACGGCUGGAGCAAGGAUUACUAUAAUUUUUUGCAGUACUGGAGUGACUUCAAAGCUAAGUUGAAAAAGAAAGUCAAUGCUCUGAAAAAGACAAAAACAGCUGGCUCCUUGUCAGAUACACCAAUAAAGCCACUAUCAAGAUUAGAGAAGAGGGCACUCAUUAUAUUGGGUCCACAAUUUGAAAGAAAGAUCGUCAAGGACCCUGUUGAGCCUUUUAACAAUAAUUAUGGAGCAGAGGUAAAACUAGAGGGCUACAAUGGAAACAGCCACAAUUCAUUUGCUUGCAAUCUCAGCGAGAGCAGUGACAGGCAAUCAGAUGAAUCCAAUGACAAUGAAGACUCAAACGAGGAAUUUGAUGAUAAUUUAAGUGAAGAAAACGAACCAGUCCUUCAUGGUAUAUACCCCAAAUGGUUAAUAGAAAUAGAGAAGAAGCGAGUUGAUGCAGACCUAGCCCGUGCGAGAGCUGAAGAACAGAGAGCUAACACAGCUGCAAAGAAUUCUGAAGCUGCUCAAGUCCAGGCAGAGGCAUUGAAGAAACUUGCAGAUGCAGCCGUAAUACAGGCCGAUGCACUCACUAAAAUAGCUGACAUAUUGGACAACAAUGCACUGAGACAAAUUGUACCAUUUUGAACUGGACUUUGUUAAAAUACUGAACUGUGAUGGUUAAUACUUGAUGUUGUCUCUACCUAUAGGUAUUCACUGCUAGACAUACUUUUGUGCAAGUUCUGUGCAUUGCAGCCUUGGUUGUGCGAGUUCUGUACAUUGCAGCCUUGGUUUGUGCGAGUUCUGUACAUUGCAUUCUUGGAUUGUGCGAGUUCUGUACAUUGAAGUCUUGGUGAUCUGCAACUUGGGGACACAGCAAACAUUAAUGCUGAUGUUGAUGAGUUAAGUCUAAUAGCUAGUGCAAAGUAAUGCACUGUGACCUAUUUGUAUUUAAUUUUUUUAAUUAGUUAACCAUGGUGGUUUAUAUUUGAUGUUGUCUCUUUUUCUCAGUUGUUAGUCUUGACAGACUGGUCGUAGACGUCAUCUGGGUGUUGUGGCUCGCUUUAAAAUCCGUUUCCACUCUUCCUCAACAGUUGCCUUUCUUGCGCAUUCAUGUAGAGGAGCCUCGAUUGCGGCCUUCACAAUACCAUAUAUAUAUAUAUAUAUAUUUAAUGAGAAGCCGCCAUUAAUCCUCUGUAAGGGCCAAUCCACCUCAUACCCCAUGUUUGUGACACAGGUUUUACUGGUUUCCCCGCAGCAUCCUACCAGUCUCUUUGGUCAAUACCAUACAUAUUGAACCUUUUCUACUUUGAUUUAAUUAAGUUAUGAACUGUGUUGGUAAUAUUCUAGGUUGUUUCUGCGUAUGGGGAUUCACUGUUGGACAGUCUCUUAUGAGAGUUCUGCAGUCUUGGUGACCAGAAACUUAGUGUCACCAGCAAUUGUAUAUUAAUGCUUACAUGCUGGAAUACUGCAAAGUAAUGCAGUAAGACCUAUUGUACCUUUUUGACUUUCCUUUUGUUAAGUAGAGAACUGUGCUGGUUAAUAUUUGAUGUUACUUUAUCUAUAUUAUGUAUUCAAUGCUAGACAUUCUCUUAUACUAGUUCUCUACAUUGCAGACUUGGUGACUUUGCAACUUGGAGACACGGCAAUAAGCUGAUGUUGAUGAAUUGACUCUAAUAGGUGGAAUAUUGCAAAGUACAGUUGCUUUGAGACAUAUUUUACCUUUUCUACUUUAAUUUUGAUAAGUGAACCGUUGUGGUCAAUAUUUGAUGUUGUCUCCUAUCAAUGGACAAAAAUUUCUAAAUAUCAGUCUUUUGUAGAAAUUCUGCAGAUUCAUGACCCGCAGCUACUAGAACUAGAAUAUUGAACAGUAAUGCACUGGGAUAAAUAUAUCUUGUGUUGUGACCCAGACUUUGUUAAAUUAGCCCUGAAGGUUAAACUUUGUGUGUAAUGUUGAACAAAAUAAAGACCUGUAAACAUGA